AUGCCUCCUGUCCAACAAUAUCAGUACGCUUCCCACCAACCAUCUAACUUUGACAAGUUCAAGAUGGGUGCUCUCAUGGGUUCUACCGUCGGUGUUUGUGUCGGUGUUUUAUUUGGUGGUUUCUCCAUUCUUCAAAACGGUCCUGGUCCUAAUGGUGUUAUGAGAACUCUUGGUCAAUAUAUCAUGGGUUCCGUGGGUACCUUUGGGUUGUUUAUGUCCAUUGGUUCUGUCAUCAGAUCCGACCCUGGUUACCAAGCCUACCAACAAGCCAUGAUCUCUUCUCAACAAGCAAAGUUGAGAGCUGUUUACAGACAGUAA